AUUGUCUGUUCUUCUCCGCAGCCAUUAGGAGGAAGGAGAACGGCUGGUACGAUGAAGAGCAUCCCGUCGUCUUCCUCUUCCUGGGCUCAUCUGGAAUCGGUAAAACUGAGCUGGCCAAGCAGGUGGCGCGAUACAUGCAUAAAGACAUUAAGAAGGGUUUCAUCCGGAUGGACAUGUCUGAAUUUCAGGAGAAACAUGAGGUGGCGAAGUUCAUCGGUUCUCCUCCAGGAUACGUGGGUCAUGAAGAAGGUGGUCAGCUGACCAAACAGCUCAAACAGUGUCCGAACGCCAUGGUUCUGUUCGACGAGGUGGAUAAAGCUCAUCCAGACGUGCUGACCAUCAUGUUACAGCUCUUUGACGAGGGUCGACUGACUGAUGGGAAGGGGAAGACGAUCGAGUGUAAAGAUGCCAUCUUCAUCAUGACGUCCAAUGCAGCUAGUGAUGAAAUUGCCCAGCAUGCAUUGCAGCUGAGACAGGAAGCUCAGGAGCAGAGCCGCCGGCGUCUGGCUGAGAAUCUGGACGACGUUCAGAAGAGCGAGAUCACCAUCUCCAACACCUUCAAAGAGCAGGUGAUCCGCCCCAUCCUGAAGGCUCAUUUCCGACGGGACGAGUUUCUGGGGAAUAUUUAUAAUUAG